AUGGGUAGUGAUUCUGAUAAGUUUGAUUGCACAAUACCGAGGAGCCCAAUUACAAUGUUGCAGUCUUUUGGUCUUGUACUAAAGAAGCUAGUACCUAAUGCAUUGCUUGGCGCGUUAGGGACACUGUGUGAAAGCAAAGCCGAAUUUGAACAUCAUAUUUCCGUUGCAAUUCCACAGUCUGGUUUUGAUACAAAUACGAGCAACAGUCAGAAGAAAACUAAGUCAACUGGUAUGGCACCACCAAACAUGGCUGAUCGACAAUCGAUUUCCGAAUUACUGAAUUCUAUAUCUGAGAUAAAAGUUGUGUUUUCAGAAGCUUUUCAUUCAUUAGACUUGUUUGAGAACUAUAUCAGAACGCCAGGUCAGGAAACUGCUAAACCUUUGAAAUCGUUGUUUGACCGUGGAAAAAGCGCCAUUAACGAGCUUUUUACACCAGAAAAUACUGACAUCUUUUUAGACUUUUUGCGUACAUUUUUAAUUAGUCAGUCUUCCCAGGACGACAAUAACGAAGGCAAAAAAUAUCAAGAAUUUGUUCACGAAAGCUCCAACCCUGUAAAUAGAAACUUGAAAAACAAUAAUGAUUUAGAUUCUCAACCAAACAGUAUUUCCAAGGAGGCAUCCCAAUUAGAUUUUGAAAAAGAAAAAUCGCGUCCUUGUUCACCAAAAUUUGAAACCAACAAAACGAAAUUUGAAAGCAAACUAAGUAAUGCUAAGCAAAGUGAUGAUACAAGACACCCAGAAAGUAUAUCCGAAAUACUUCAAGAUAAUUCGACGCAAGCUUCGCAGGAACCAAGGGUGAUGCAUAAAAAGAAACCGGACAAAAUCCAGACUACGAAAGCGAAAGAUUUCGUAAAUUUGCACCAGGAGGCUUCAGGUAGUCAACUAGGUGACAAAGACAUCUUUGAUUUACUAAAACCACCAGCCUUGAUGAAGACAAUGAAAAAACUGGAAGACGAAAAUCUUUCUCUCCGAAAACAAUUGGAGUCAUUAGAAAUUAAAUUCCAUGAAUACGAAAAGAUUUUGGUUGAACUUGGACAAACCACUGUUGAGGAAACUGCGAAAAUAAACGAGGAAAGAAAAUCUGAACUCUUUCAGCGAAUAUUUCGUUCCCCAAUAUCCAAAGCUAAACGAUCUGUUGUGGCCAUUGGCUACCCAAAUGACCAUCAAAAUGGUUAUCAAAAAAGCUCUCGUGAUGUAAAUACGUUCCCAAAACCUCAAAUUAAAAGUGAAAGUGCAAACCCUCCACAACCUAAUGCUUCAGUUGUCCAUCUACCUGCUUCUAGUGAACAACCUGUCAAUGGGGCCGAAGCCUUAGUGCCAGGAAGUAAGCAUCAACACGAUGGAGAAAAGAAAAUGAACACAGGAAACAAAGAUGAAAACGAAUUUCGUGGAGAGAAUCAAGAAAGGUCAGUGGAAUUAACCAUCGGGGAUAACAGCGAAAACCAAAUUCGGGCAACGCAAAACUCGUCAAGUGUUACAUAUAGAAAAAAAACAAGUAGCAAAGAAGGAAUCAGCCUUUACCGAAAAGUCAAGCACACUAGUGACUUGGCAUCCACAUCCGGGCAAGGCUAUGAUGAUUUAUCAAUUUCGAUCGAACAAGAUGAUUCUGGAAGAGAAAGAAUAUCCCUGUGUAAUGUACCACCUACAUCAGUGGCAACAACCUUGUACAAUAACUACAAGUUUUUGUUACUAUCUCUUGGCCAAAGGCUGCUUUCCUCAGAGGUCGUGAAGCUAAGAGAUUGGGUAACUCGGAAUUUCUCAAUCGACAAUCCUCAGAAUGCUACUGAUGCUCUUGUUCAACUUGAUCAAAAAGGAGUCAUCAAUGCUUCAGAUUUGAGUCAACUCUGUGAUUUCUUUGAGUCCAUUGUCAGAUUUGAUCUUGUGUAUAUUAUAGAUGCAUUUCUCCUUGGUGAUUAUAGUUUACUUCGCCAAAUUCCAGCAUCUAAACACCGCGAUGUAAAUAGGGCACACAACCCUCGACGCAGAGCCACUUCAAAUUAUUCAGGUUUGUUUGAUGCGGUGAGUACCAGUCAAAUGCCAAACAAACCACUUGCUGACGGUACUUUACAAACUAUUGGACUGAUUGGAAGCACCAAUCCAGCAACUUCAAGCAAACCAGAAAAAAGCAAUGGAGCACAAAACUCUACCCUUCAACAAACACAACAAGCAGCUUCAACCAAUUCAAAACAUUACUCUAGGUCUCCCAAUAAACACCAAUCCACGAUCCCUGAGCAGCAAACCCUAAAACCUCUUGCAACUGGUUUUCCUCCCAUCAGAAUGGCUGAUGUAGUUGCUGCUGAUGGUUCUGUUACAAGUAAGUGCACUUUAUAUUUUUAAGGUAUAGGUAUCUAUGAAACAAUUAGAACGUUCCAUUUGAGGCAGGGAGGGUGCAGAGAUUAUUGACUGUAAUUUAGUUAAGCUUGUCGUCUCUGAAGAUUGAAUCUUGUUCUCCAAAUGUCGAAACUUGCAACUGUAAAACACUUUGACCUCUAUAGUGAAAAGAGCAAUGGAUGUAAUAAUUCAAUGGGUGCAGGUCUCGUUCUGAAUUUACAUUCGUCAAUUUAUAUUGGAUUCUGCCUUUUGCACAACGAAACUUCAACUCUAUUGAUACUCGAUUACAUAAUAUACAAAUCCGUUGUUCCUUUUGUUGAAAGAUGUCCAAAUUAUGCGUUUGCACGUGUCUUAACUAUUAACUUUCAUAGGAUAGCCUUUACUGAAUUAACUGUAUACAGUAGGAACGGCGCUUUGAUCUAAAACAAUUGUCUCAGCAAAAAUGUGAAGUGUAGUUUAUUCUUGCAGAGAUUUUAGAUCCUUUCAAGGUCACAUUUCUGUGUGACUUCCAUAUAGAUAACGUAGUUCAGUAUCUGAAAUUACAUUGCAAGUUGGAUUGAAAAUGAGGCAUUGUUCUAAGAAUUUUCUAAUUUAACUAUAAAACGUUUUAUAUCCGUUGUUGUUUUCUGGAGCAUUCCUCACUGCAGUAACAGCGCACGGAUAAAAUGAGAUGGAUAUCUGGACGUUUCCAGCGACUACACAUAAGUGCACAUUGUGUUUUCUCCUACAGUCACACUAGCGAAAUAAGAGCUAAGAUGGUCCUCACCGGACCUAUAGGAAUAAAGCUGUUUAAAGCCGAUAUAAUUCUCUUGUGGAAGGGUUAGAGGGAAAGUUUCCUAUAAUUUAUUUCUACUGUUUGAAAAAACAGACGAAACAAGAAUAAUGACAAGAAAUUCUUCCCCAAGAACUGAUCCAUCAGUGGCAAACAGCGCACGAAACACUCAGACAGUCGGUAGUAAUGGUUUAAAACAUUCCAAAUUCCAACGUCAAGACACAGAACGAAGCAACGUUUCUAAUUUCCAGUCCCCCAGAGGUUCUCGAAAUCGGGACCUAGAUGUAGCAAAUAAUUGGUUAUGCAGUCAUUACAAACGGCAUUGCUACGUCAAAUUCGAAUGUUGUGACACGUUUUGGCCGUGCCAUCGUUGCCAUAACAACCAAAGCACGUGUGGUCACAAGAGGCUGAAGUCACGUGACACAAAGAUGGUUAAGUGUGCACAUUGUAACAAAGUGCAACAGGUAACGCAAAUUGCUGUCUUAUUUUAAGUUUUUAAUUUGUAUCGACGACUCAUUAAGUUCAUAUUCGUAGUCUGAGUAAAGGCCUGCCCAUGGCGGUCUCCGAUGGAUAAAAUUCAUUAUAUUUUUACACUUUGAAAGUUUAUAUUUAAUCUUGUUUUUUAUAUAUUCUUGGUGUUUUGGAUUAUUUUUAUGUAAUAUCAAGGAGUUAUAUGCUGAUUGAUGAUUUAAGAUCAUCAAACUUUUGCAACUUGGUCGAACCCUAAAACGCAAAAAAUGCGCAGCAACAGACCGUAGAUUUUAAAAUUUCUUCUAGAAUGCCUCCGAAUUCUCUUGCAGAUUAACUGUAUUAUGUAAUAUGAAUGAGUCGAAGUUGCUAACAGAUUUAGCAACAAUAAAAUAUAACCAAACUAUAAAAUAUCAGAAUUGAAUAAUACUUAAAUGUGCUUCUGGUAUUUUUUGGUUCCCGUGUGUGGAAAACAAGAGUUGCAAAAAGUUCUCAGCGUUCCUUCGGGUAGAAUUUCAAGUUUUUAAACCUUGCUGAAAACAAUGUGAAUUAUAGAAUUUCCAUAUUGGGAAAUGCAUAAAUUAUGCCAUUCAAAAUUGGCAUCUGAUAAGUGUUUAGCCUUGAUCAGUUGGUUGAUCACAUUGCAUGUUAUCGCCAGCGUUAGCAAAUGUUGCAGCAGAAAACAACUGCUGCAAUUUUGGUUUGUUUAAUAACAAACACCAACAAAGAUGUUGGACACCUGUACAUUUUACAGCAUUAUUUUUCAUUUUAUUGUUUUCUCUUCGGUAUUAUCCAGUGUGAUAGUCAUGCGGUAUUGGUAUACUAUCACAGUAGUUACCAGCACAACAUCAGCAUCCUGCCAACCUCGACCUGUCAAGUAUCAUUUGUUUAGUGUUAGUGUUGAGCAGAGUGUUCCGCAUUAAACGUUCCUCACAGGUGGUACCCGCAUACCCGCAGCUUUUUGGGAACCCUGUUCAGUCAUGAUUUGCGUUCAAUCAUAGUUGUUUCAAAAUAUUCAGUAAAUUCAAACCAACAUAUCAAAACUAUUGCUUUUACUAUUUAGUUCGGUCAAUUUUGCUGCGAUUGUGGUGCACAAUUUUCCGAGUAUUACUGUGGAUUGUGCAAACAUUUAACUGGCAAAGAUGAUCAUCCCUAUCAUUGUGAAAGAUGCGGAAUCUGCAGGUAUGAUUUAGUUAGCUUUCAUAACACUGUCUUGUCCUAUGGAAAACAUGAUUUAAUUACUGUUUUAUUGAAAUGCAUUUCAUGAAAGAUUCAUACUAUAUAAAACAAAUGAGGUUAAUAGUUUUCUCUUUUCCGCUUUUCACCUCUGAAAAACGAACAAUAUGCUGUUGUCUCAUCAUAACUGCGCUUCACUUGCAUUUGAGAGAGUGAUUCCAGUCUUUGGCUUCCUUUACAUUUUGGAUGACAACAAAACGAAGUUAUUAUCUCGCAGGAAAUAAUUAUUUACAAAAUUAAGCGAAGGAAAGCAAAGCAAAGCAGAGCAAAGCAGAACAGAACAGAGCAAGGCAAUGCAAAGUAAAGCAAAGAUUAGACACAAAGUGAAGGUUAGACGAAGAGCUUACAAACUAAAGCUGUUUGCACGCACGUAAACUGCUAUACCCAUUCGAGUUUUUAACAGCUAUACAUUAAUUCAAGAGAAGAAAUUGUGCAUUUGCUUAUCACAAAAAUAUCCUUCUUUAAUUGAGAAACAGUUAGAGCUUGAAACCAGGGGCGUUGGAAGAUUGUAAAAGUUCGGGAAGCCGACUCACACGAGGCGCCACCGUGGUUGGGGCCGACUAUGAACAAUUUUGAAAAUUUUGAGUCUCCAGAUCGUCGGAAAUGGCAUUUUCAGGGUCUUCUCUACCACUUUCGUUAAGGCCCUUUCAAAUCUUUUAAUAUGAUUUGUAAGCAAUAAAUAUGUUUACUUCAUGGACUGGCUAGAUGAUAACUAUUUGGGCAAGUAAAUACCGCUGCCUAACAAGCGGCAUAGACCAAAAUGUCAAUGAUCCAAUGACAAAAGACAAAAUAUAAACAAAAUAUUAAUAGACAAAAAUGUUGUUAUUAAAAUAACAAUGAACGGUUGUAGAUACGUUAUUAAUAUGACAUACGGUUUCAAAUAUUUCCAGUUCCGAGAAUUUCGCAAUAUUGUUGAUUAUUUUUUUAAUCCAAUAAUUUUUUUUGAGGGGGGCGAAAGCUAUCCCGCCCCUCCUUUUCCCCUUAUGAAAUAGUAGGGUGGUGGUGGUCCCCCUGCGCCCUACUCCCGUGCGUAGUAAGUAAAACCAAGGAUAUAGAAGCACCAAUUUAAAAAAAAAUGUUAUAGCCUUUGAAAAGUAACUAACGUUUAAAUUCGCCAAUCAGAAUGCACGAGAUGUAGUAGCCAUUCAAGAAUUUCCACUACUGAGCUAAGGAUGGACCUUACUGGUCCACUGGGCAAAACAGUCUAAAACUGCUGGAGCUUUUGCAGUAGUAGAAAUAGAUUCAGUGAAACACUCUAUUUUAAUUUAGAAUUCAUGGAGACCGUUCGUUCCAUUGUGAUGUCUGUGGUGUUUGUUUGGAUGUUCAACUUCGUGGAAAUCACAAAUGUCGUGAAGGUUCUGCACAUGAUGAAUGUUGCAUUUGUUUGGAGGUAAUGUAUCAAUGUAUAUGCCUUACCGCAUGUCUAUGCCCGUUGCCUCUCAAUUUAUAUUUUCGGACUUACAUGCCCAGUAACUAUAUUUGUUCUAACAAUCUAUGCAUUAAAUGGACCAUGAUGAUCAAGCAUUUCUUUACGUAUUUGAAUUCAUCGGGUUCCAGCGGGCACAAAAUGCGUGAAAUUGGAACUACGAUGCUGUACUUUGAUCGCAUGUGCACACUUGCAAGUCGCAAUAAAGGUCAUUUUUGAAUUUUUAAAUUUCCACAUGGCAAAAGUAUUAUAAAUAUUUUAGUUUAUUCCUAGUGCGGUAUUUUUAUAUUUUUAUAUAGUUAAAAGUUAAUCUCUGUACAAAUGUAGAAAAACUAGGAAUGGUAGUAACUUAUAUCAGGCUAAUAUUACACUAAAUUCUUCAACAGGUUUUGUUUUGCAACCAGCGAUUUCGGCAAGUUGCAAGGGAUCUACCAUAUUCUCAGAUUUUGCAUUUACAACAUCGCGUUGUACAAUCUACUAUAUACUGUUGGAACCAUAUUUCAAAGUGAUAAAGGAAGGAAGUAUAGAUAAAACUAUGAUGUCUUUGAUUUUUGGCCAUGGGCCAAAUAACAAUGGAAAACUAGUGAAAAUAAUUUCCGUUGGAAAAUCACAAUGAACGUGAGAUGCCAUCAUGAUUCGCAAGUCAUGAAAUUAAAAACAAAUUUACAAGCCCUUUUGUCAUUGUAAAUACAUACUGUAUAAAGAUCGGCAGUUAAAACUGUAACCCAAACUUCGCAUUGAUAAGGAUGCAACCACCUAAAAAAAUAUAAGGAGAACUUCGACGUAUCGUGCGCCCUUCGUCGGGAAGUUAAUACCCACUAACUUCGUUUUGUGUCAGUAUACUAAUUUCUCGACGAAUUAAGAGCUUCGCUCAAAACGUUGAAGUUCUCCUUUUUUUCAGGUAGUUGUAUCCCUAUCAAUCCGAAGUAGUCUUAUUAAGCCGGUUUUCCACUUCGCCCGUACCGUAUCGAAACUUAAUGGUGAGCAUGCGCAGAUUGAAAAGAGGCUUAUAAAUCCACGUACUUCCGGGUGUAUUCGCGUAUCAAAAUAAAAAGUUCGUCGCAAGUCAACUUUUUGUACUAACCAGUACUAACCAAUCAACAUUCACAAAAUUUUGAAAUUUAAAAACGUUUUUGAUACGUUUCGGUACGGUACGCUUGAAGUGGAAAACCGGCUUUAUUGACACUAUACCUACACUGGAACAGACCAUUCAAGCAUAUAUAUAUUUUAAAUAGUACUUUUAAAUCUUUUUAAAAAAAAUUUUUGCUUAUAGGAUGCUUUCACUGGAUGCCAAAUUCUUCCAUGUUCUCAUAAAGUGCACAAAGAAUGUGCAACUCAAAUGAUACGCAGCGGAAUGUGAGUACAUUAUACUGUAUAUUUGUAAAUUGAUUAUGUUCAGUACGAUUGGAAAGCAAGUAAUGCAUGUAAUUGCAUGGUAUGUUUAGUAUCGUACGUUGAACCCAGUGAGUAUAUCCAGUAUUAUAUAUUGAAGGCUUUAAAGAAAGUCAGCUGGUGUGUUUUGAAAGGCAUACGUGAAAGAAAUUCGCUAAUUUUUUUUACAAAUGAACAAGUUCACAAAAUAAAUAAGGAAUAACAAUGCUUGUGAUGUUUGAAAAAGUUUUUCAGGCGACUCAUGCAAUUUUGGCAAUAUUUUUCAAAUAUAAUUCGUACUGAUUAUCCUAUAUUGUUGCGCUCAUCGUCAAAUAAUUGUCUAUACCAAUGACUAAUUAUAAUACUAAUAUCUUAAUUAUUAGUUAAUUAUUUGAUUCUGAUUGGUUAAAAACCUUGUCAAUUACGAUUAAAAGUCGCGUAUUUUUUUUUCGAAAAACGCUCAAAGCUUAGCCAGGGUCAUUUUCGACGCCCUUCAGCCGUGGAGGCAAAAUGCCCUGGGAACGAGGUUGAUAUUUUUUGAGCUCUUAUUUUGCCAUGAGCGCUUUGAUUAUGUUUAAAUAAUAAAGAAAAAGAAGAAGUAAAAAUUAUUCACAUUAAUCGUUGCUGAUUACUCGUGUAAAAUUGACUAAAAUGAUAUUAAUAGGAAAUUACACUUGUUCUCGAAGUAUUAAUGAAAGGUCACACUUGUGUUUGGCGAAAUAUUUCCCCCCCCGCCGAGCCAAUUAAAGGUCCAGACAAACCGGACGCGAUUUGACAACGCGACGCGUUUUUUUAGUUUUUGAAUGUUAAUAAAACAGCCAAUAAGAACAAAUUUUAAAAGAUAUGUAGACCAAAUAACUCAAAAUGUUAUAGCGUUUCUGAAUAUUUGGAAAAUUUAAACUAGGAUCAAAGUUAUCGGUCAGUGAAAAUCGAAAGAUCGCGUCGCGUUGUCGAAUCGCGUCCGCUGUGUCUGGACCAUAACGGCGCGGAGCGCCGUUCCGCCCGUAAGCCCGGGGCGAAAGUACUAAUUCCGCCCGGUAUUUACACCCGGGAAAACGAAAGCAUUAGCGCAGUCUGAAGCCAUCAAUGAUCGCAUGUGUGAGUGACCAACGAUGGGUGGUCAUCCUCACUGAUCUCAAAAAUAUGGCGGACUGUCGUGAGUAACGAACACUGAUUGGUCAAAUCAAAAGUUUUUUAGCUUUUUAAAAAGUAAAGGCGAAAGAAUUGUUAAAGGAAGGGAGUAAAGGCGCCGACGUUAACGAAGGUAGAUUUGUUUUAAAUUUUGAUGCAGUAUUGUUCGCUUUAUAAUUGCAGAAAAACUGAUCGUUGACGUCGCGUAUAUUUUAAGUGAAACAGGCAGCAUAUAAUUUCAGUAUUUCCUUAUUGAUUACCCUUUUUAUAUUAAAAUUUUCAAAUAAAAAGAAAGCAAAGUUUUUUGAAUGCGAGAAUUUUACAUCAUUUUAUUUCAAACUCAAAAUUUUUCGAUAAGGUAGUUUAGUUUUAUAAAGAAUAUUUUAAAACGUCUUGCAUAGCGUUUGAGGUUGAAUUUUUCCUUAAAUUGAAGCUUAUAUUACGUAUAAUGACAAACCUAACAUAUAUAUGUUUGGGAAAAAGAUAAUUUUGUAAUUAAUUAAAAGUGAUAUUUUUCGUAAAAACAUUCUUCACAAAAUUAUCGUGUUACCAUGACAACUACUUUAAAUACUUCAUGUUCGGAAAAUACAAUGGUUUUGUCAGCAAGGCGAGGGGUUUCUGCAUGCAUGUAUUUUUAAUACUACUAUAAAUGCUUUUUUUAAUACUACUAUAAAUGUAUACUACUACUAUAAACGUAUACUACUACUAGAAAAUACAUGCAUGCAGAAACCAUCGCCUUGCUGACAAAACCAUUGUAUUUUCCGAACAUGAAGUAUCUACAGUAGUUGUCAUGGUAACACGAUAAUUUUUUAAGAAUAUUUUUACAAAUGAAAAAUCGCCUAAAAAUAUCACUUUUAACAUAGACAGCCCAAAACGGCGUGUAGAAUGCACCAAAUGCUUCCAAAUGUCAACUUAUAUUAAGCUCGCCCUAUUCCUCUGUUAUUUGUCGCGCGCGCAAGCACUCAAUUGAAAAGCAGUGUUGAUAUAUAUAUAUAGAUUAUAUUUAACAAAUAUAAAACAUUUUCCGUGUUGAUAUAACUAUAUAUCAAUACGGAAAAAAUGUUUUAUAUUUUUUUUAUAAUAUAGCAAUGUCAAAAGCCCGAAGAAUAAGAAAAAUUUCCGUGUUUACAAGCGGCGGAAAAUUUCCCGUGUUGACAUGGAGUUAUAUCAACACGGCUCUUAGCCAAUUAGCGUUCAGAAUUUACAAAUACUAUAUUAUAACUAUAUAUAUCAACACUGAACAGGUGGGCAAUUUGUCGACGCUGACCAAAAAUAGCGGCUCAUUUCUUUUUGAGUUGCCAUUUUCGCGUCGAAGAGCAAAAAUAUAGACUGUCGGAGAAUAUUUUAGCUGUUUACUAUCAAAUAUGUUUGUCAAACAGUUCAUAAUCUCACUGAGGAAGGCCAACGGUUUCUGAAAAGCUAAAGUACGUCGAAAUCAGCGUUGGAAUAGACUAUAUUUUCACCGGGGAAACAUGAACUAAAUAGAUAUUGACAUCAAUACUAAAUUUCUCUCGUGCCUACAGAGCUAGUUGGAUUAAAACAGAUGUUAAGAAGUAAGUGAAAAUGUGAAUUUUGUGAAUUAUACUUUCAUUAAAAAGUUUCAGAAGGGCUGCUAGUGUCAAACUACACGUGUGACAGAGCUGUCAGUAUACCCAUAUUUCAAUGUUUAUGUUGAAAUGGCCCAUCUUCUUUGAGGUAUAGCUUAAAAAUUAGGGUAUGCUCAUCACUUGAAACUAGCUUUAAAUCAAAGUUUUAUCUAUAGUCUUUUUAUUAGAAUUGAAGUCAUUCAUGGAAAAAAUGUGCCAGAGGGUUGAAAUUGCCCUUGUAAAUGUACACUAUUUUUGAUAUGUUUGGGUUAGUAUUUUGAAAAGGUGUUCUGGAAGAAAAAUAUGUCUUGAACAAUACUGGUUGACCCUUAAAUUAUGACUAGUGUUGUGUAAAUCACAGAAAAUUGAAAAAAGUCUGGUCCAUACACAAUAUUUUGGAUUCUAUGAGGUCCCAAAUGCGGCUUAUUUCAAUGUUUAAUCUGUUUACGUGGAAAAACAUAGAAAAUUGAAUAAGUCAAGAAUUUGACUAUGCUCAUCACCCAAAACCAGGUUUUUCUAAUUGCUUUUUCACCUGGGUUUGUGGCAAUACCAGUUAUGCGACCACGAAAAAUGCGCGCGGCACUUUUUUUGGACACUGAAGAUGACAACAUUUGAUGUUGUUAUAUAUUGCCAUCCUCUUAUCAUAGUAUAACUUAACUUAUUUUAGUGAGUUUGUUAAAGAAUUGUGCUCACUAUAUGCCUGUAGCAUCUAAAAAAAAUUUCAUAGCAUUAGAUGAUAAAUUUAAGUUCUGUUUUCUUUUAUUUUUAGGUGAUAGUAUCUGUUCACAUGUGUGUUGGUAUCAAAUUUUGCACAAGAUUUAAUUAUUAUUUCACAUUCCUUUAUUGAAAUAUUCAAAUAAAUAGAAUGUGACAUCAAGCUGGAGAACUAAAUACUGUUUCCAAACUUGUUUUUGUAAAAAUAGAAAAUAACAACUUAUUAUGUGUUGUUCUAAUAAAAACUAUGGUUUUUGAUAUGCAUAUUUAAUUUUUGAAAUUACAUUUCAUUCUUUGUUAAAAUGUGUACCAGGAAUACUGAAAUCUUUCAGAUCAGCUAACAAUACCUUUGUAACUUAUAUAGCCAAGUGUUCUGUCUAUUUCUGUUCAGAUUAAUCAAAUGAUGGGUAAAAUAUUAGAUUAGAUUUUUUCAAAAAAAAUGAGCUUGCCUGUUUUCAAAGCGUAAAAAGCACUAAAAUAGAGUAAAAGUACUUAUUUUCAAUAUAAAACCUUUGGAAUGCAUAGCUUAAUGUUUUCCACUAAAUAUUACAAAGUCUUCGUUCAUUAAAAUGUUGUUUUAUCAGUUUUAAAAGCAAAUAAAUUCACGAAACACUCCCAAUAAAUGUCGCCAUAUUGAUUUUCUUCGCGGAUGCUCAGACAAAUUGCCCACCUGUUUCAACACUGCUUUUCAAUUGAGUACUUGCCAUAGAUAUAGGAGAUCUAGAUUGCUAACGCAUACCUAGCGCAGGUGGGGCCUACAUGAUAAAUCCAAGAUGGCGGUACAACAGGGCAAAAAGACUAUAGAUUCUAUUACGAAAAUCAGGAUUUUUGCAUUUUUUGCCGUCGCAUUGUUUUGAAACCUAUUCGGUCAAAUUUUAUGGUAAAGAGAAACUUACCGCGAAGAUUUUGAGCAUAUAUAUGAUUGAAUUGGAUGAAAAAUCGCAAAAUUAUCCAGCGAUAAAAGUUCGUGUGAAAUGGUCAGUUGGUCAGUUGGAGCGUUUUAUUGCCAGAAAUACUGUGCUAUGUUAACAUCUAGCCUUGUGAAUGGUGUUUUAUACUUGCAUCUCUCAUCAUCAUCUGCUCUGUCCUCAUAAUUAUGAAAAAUGAACUGUUAUGUACCCCCCCCCCCUUGCUUGUUAGAGAAGUAAACUGAUGAGAGCACUGGAUGAGGGUCUAUCAUCUAUGGUCUGUUAUAAUUUGCUUUUUAUGCAAAUAGUGAGCAAAAAUUAAAGCAAAACUGUACAAGUUACAUAUGUAGUACUAUAUCAGUACUAUACACGAACUUUUAUCGCUGGAUAAUUUUGCGAGUUUUCAUCCAAUUCAAUCAUAUAUAUGCUCAAAAUCUUCGCGGUAAGUUUCCCUUUACCAUAAAAUUUGACCGAAUAAGUUUCAAAACAAUGCGACGGCAAAAAUUGCAAAAAUCCUGAUUUUCGUAAUACAAUUUAUAGUCUUUUUGCCCUGUUGUACCGCCUUCUUGGAUUUAUCAUGUAGGCCCCAUCUGCGCUAGGUAUGCGUUAGCAAUCUAGAUCUCCUAUAUCUAUGGUGCUUGCGGCGCGCGACAAAUGACAGAGGAAUGGGGCGAGCUUAAUAUAAAUUGACAUUUGGAAGCAUUUGGUGCAUUAUACACGCCGUUUUGGGCUGCCUAUGCUUUUAAUUACAAAAUUAUUAAUUUCCCGACAAAUUAUAUAUGUUAGGUAUGUUAUUAUACGUAAUAUAAGCCUCAAUUUAAGGUAAAAUUCAAUCACAAAUGCUUCGCAAAACGUUUUAAAGUCACUAGUGUUCUUUAUAAAACUAAACUUCCUUAUAAAAUGGCUGUAUCGAUAAACUUUUGAAUUUGCAAUAAAAUGAUUUCAAAUUCUCGCUUGCAAAUAACUUUUCUUCCUUUUUUAUUUAAAAAAUUCAAUAUCAUAAAAACGGUUUCUUAUGUUUCUAUUUUUCCUGUCUAACAUUGCUAUAUUUGAUAUCUUUCUAAUUUCGCACUACCAUCAACUAGACUUUCGGAAACACACUAACACUUUCCGUUUUCUUUUUUCACAGCACACGCUGCCCAAUCUGCCGUGAGAGUUUUGCGCACAAACUUGAACGACGACCACUGCCAAAUUCACGAACACGUUCGGGAAAAUAACUAUGGAUGAACAGCCAGUAGCAAGACUUUCAUAAACUUAAGACAAAUGUCGUAGAAUUUGAAUUUCUGGGUAACCUCGGCUAUUCACUUCGUUACUGUAAGUAUUUUAUUUUACUUGAAACAGCUAUCAUCGUGGUAACCUCAAAUUGUUUUUAUUUCCGAUGUUAUACACUCAGAUGAAGAUAUUAGAUAUAUGUUUGUGAUAUUGUCUCUGAGUACGUCCACACCGGGCAAGCUGAAAAGAUUAUUUGACUGCGUUGGAAAUCGUUCAUGACAUUAAAAAAUGAUGAAAAUUUCUGUAUUUAAUAGUUGAAAAUUUCUUCGUCUUAAUGUUCCUGAAGAUUUUUAAGAGCGGCUCCAAAAUUAUACAGUCCGUUCUGGGAGUAAUUAUUGUACAUUAGUCUCUGCGAUGCGUGAUACAAGCAUUUUAAUUAGGAUCUACAUUCUUCCAAAGCCCCGAAGCAUGAAAAUAUUAUAGUCGUCACCAUUUCGUUUAUAAUGUUGUAGUAAAUAGCAUUUGGAGACAAGUAGUAAUUAUUAUUUGGACACAUUUAUUAACGUUAAAACUUUACAUACAUGAAAAAUGGAUAUUAAAUUAAGAAUAUACACCUAUAAAUGAAGGACAAAUAAGGUUGGUAGUAUAGUACGUAAACAGGACACGAAUCGUAUUUUAAGACCAACCCAAGAAUGACAACAACCCAAGAAUGAGAUGCAAUCAUCUACACACUGAUAUAUUUGAACACAUAUUAACAUGAAAGCAACAAAUACUAAUAUAAAAGCAACAAUCUUGGUCGUAGGAACGACACUUGGAGAAAUAAGUCCUCCAAGAGCCCUCCAUUGUAUUGACGUCAAAGGUAGAUUCAAGCUUGGAAAGGUAGUGAGAAUACUCAAUACGAAAGGAAAGACUAUAAGUUCCAAAGGAAAACAACCCAGUUGAAAAACUAGUCUCUAAAAAGGGAAGUUCUGCAAAGAUUUGGAGUUACUAUGCUUUGUUGGUUUGUACGAGUGCGAGACACGGAGACAGAUAGACAUCUGAUCAUAAACGCAUUGUAUAAACACUUGAAAUAGAACAGAAGGUCCUUUACAUCCAUCCAGUAAUAUACUGGAAGUAAUUUGAGUCGUACAGGAUAAGACAAGUCAAAGUCUUAAAUCGACAAGAACGCUAAGUUCCCCGACUGGGAAUGAGUCCUUACAGGAAAUAAUUUUUUUCUUCUGUAUGUGUUCAACCUGUUCACCCGUUUCGGGUGCAUGCUCCUCCAAGAAAAUUUUAAAUUCUGAAUCUCUAAAUUUGAGGGUAUUGUACAGCAAAAUACACGUGCUGCAAAGCAUAGUUUCCUAAUUCCUUUAUUCGUUCCCUGAUGCCAACUCCCUUAGUAAUCUCACUUAUCUUAUCAGUGAGGUAUGGGCUCUUUGCACGAUUUUCUCUCCUGUAAGGUAAUUCCUGUGUCGAUGUAAACAUCAGUUUAUGUCGAUGUAAACAUUUGUGUCGAUGUAAACAUUCCGCUUCUCAUUUAUUUAGAUCCAGAUGGGACGUUUGAGUACAAUGACUUGAUCCACCGCAUUGUUUCUUCAUUUUAUACUAGUUUAAUUAGUGCAUGAAUGUAGCUUUUAGGAAGGCGAAAAUUAUGUAAUCACGAUAUCAUAUAGCGAAAUGUAUAAUUGUGGAAAAUCAAUAUUGUAAAAAUCUUUAAGUAUAGUUGUAUAUUCACAUGUAAACAGGGAAUUAUAGUAGGAAUGAAUAUGGAAAACUUAUCUUAGGCUGCUUUUAGAGUAGUUCAUUGGGACGGAUUGACGAAAUUAACAAAAUCCUUUCAAACUAUUUUUUAAUUUUCUGUCAUUGCACUGAUACAAGUGUUGAUAACUAUUGUACCAACUGAUUUCACUUUUCUCUACUGGAAUCAGGGCCGUAGUUCACCCAUAAGUAAUUCCAGG